AUGGGUGAGAAUGAGCAGAUGAAAGAGAAAUCACCUGCUGCUCCAUGGGCUAGUUUGUUUGCUGGUAAUCGAGUAGCGUCAAAUAGUAUGUCUCUAGACUAUAUAACUCCGGCGGUGGUGGAUGGAAACCUAGUUGUGCAGCUUGAGAAAGAUGAACAAGCACAGGAGGAGGAAAAUGGAAAAGUAGCUUCGCCUGUACUAUACUAUCACGAGGACGGAUAUUACAUCGCAAAAUUUCAGAGUGUGGCUGAUAUGCAGGAGAUAGUGUAUUCUGGCCCAUAUUGCCUGAAUAAUAAACCUCUUAUUUUGAAACAAUGGACUCUACAGUUUGAUCUGAGUAAAGAGUUUCUGUCGGAGAUACCAUUAUGGAUCAAGCUACCUAAACUACCCAUGAAUUGCUGGAGUUGUGAUUCUCUGAGCCACAUUGGUAAUGCUAUUGGAUGUCCUAUGUUUGCUGAUGAGUGUACGACUAAACAAACCCGCAUAUCAUAUGCUAGAAUGAUAAUAGAGGUGGAUGUGACUAAGCCGUUACCGGAUGAAAUAGCGAUAAUCGAUGCUAAUGUGGUUAUAUUUCAUCAAAGAAUCGAAUAUGAAUGGAAACCAGAAUUCUGUGAGAAGUGUCAAAAAGUGGGACAUGAUUGCGGGAAAGUCAUAAGAACGCAACAGCUAAAUGUCCCUCCAAAGAAGAAGAAAAAGUUCACUCAGGUUUGGCAGGCUCAUCCUACCAAACCAGCAGUAACAGCAGAAAAGGUCCCUCCGCGAGACCAACCAGCACCUCAGCAAUUGCGAGUGUCAACUACAGUGGGGAAAGAUACUGGUAUGGCAACAUUACUGCAGAUGGGGAUAUAG